UCGCUACCGUCGCGUUCGCGCCUUCGCUCCGCUUUUAAAGGGGCAGCGCCGCCUCUUUACUUUUCUUCUCUCCCGUUCUCCAAGCGCUUCCGCGCCAUCCGGGUGGGCCCGAGCCCUCCCCCCAAGCAGCCGCCGCCAUGAGGGAGAUCGUUCACAUCCAGGCGGGCCAAUGCGGCAACCAGAUCGGCGCCAAGUUCUGGGAGGUGAUCAGCGACGAGCACGGCAUCGACCCCACGGGCACCUACCAUGGGGACAGCGACCUGCAGCUGGACCGGAUCAGCGUCUACUACAACGAGGCCACAGGAGGCAAAUACGUGCCCAGGGCCAUCCUGGUGGACCUGGAGCCCGGCACCAUGGACUCCGUGCGCUCGGGACCCUUCGGGCAAAUCUUCCGACCUGACAACUUCGUGUUAGGCCAAAGCGGCGCCGGCAACAACUGGGCCAAGGGUCACUACACGGAGGGCGCCGAGCUGGUGGACUCGGUGCUGGACGUCGUCCGCAAAGAGGCCGAGAGCUGCGAUUGCCUGCAGGGCUUCCAGCUCACCCAUUCCCUGGGCGGCGGCACCGGCUCGGGCAUGGGCACGCUGCUCAUCUCCAAGAUCCGCGAGGAGUACCCCGACCGCAUCAUGAACACCUUCAGCGUGGUGCCCUCGCCCAAGGUGUCGGACACGGUGGUGGAGCCCUACAACGCCACGCUGUCGGUGCACCAGCUGGUGGAGAACACGGACGAGACGUACUGCAUCGACAACGAGGCGCUCUACGACAUCUGCUUCCGCACGCUCAAGCUCACCACGCCCACCUACGGCGACCUCAACCACCUGGUGUCGGCCACCAUGAGCGGCGUCACCACGUGCCUGCGCUUCCCCGGGCAGCUCAACGCCGACCUGCGCAAGCUGGCCGUCAACAUGGUGCCCUUCCCGCGGCUGCACUUCUUCAUGCCGGGCUUCGCGCCGCUGACGUCGAGGGGCAGCCAGCAGUACCGAGCCCUCACCGUGCCCGAGCUCACCCAGCAGGUGUUCGACGCCAAGAACAUGAUGGCGGCCUGCGACCCGCGGCACGGCCGCUACCUCACCGUGGCCGCCGUCUUCCGGGGCCGCAUGUCCAUGAAGGAGGUGGACGAGCAGAUGCUCAACGUGCAGAACAAGAACAGCUCCUACUUCGUGGAGUGGAUCCCCAACAACGUCAAGACGGCCGUGUGCGACAUCCCCCCGCGCGGCCUCAAGAUGGCCGUCACCUUCAUCGGCAACAGCACGGCCAUCCAGGAGCUCUUCAAGAGGAUCUCGGAGCAGUUCACGGCCAUGUUCCGCCGCAAGGCCUUCCUGCACUGGUACACGGGCGAGGGCAUGGACGAGAUGGAGUUCACCGAGGCCGAGAGCAACAUGAACGACCUCGUGUCCGAGUACCAGCAGUACCAGGACGCCACGGCCGAGGAGGAGGAGGAUUUCGGCGAGGAGGCCGAAGAAGAGGCCUGAGGGUUUUUCCUUCUCCCCUUUUCCCUUUUCCUUCCUGCUGUGCUGUCCCAGAGAGGUGUCAACCGGCGGGCGGCGCCUUCGGUGUCCUCGUCCUUCGUCAUCGUCAUCAUCAUCGGCAGC